GACUGCUCUGUGCUUGAAAGCUGCAGCCUCUGCUGUUUUUAAUAAUUGAUUUAGAUAUUGAGGUGUAAUUGAGCAGCUACGAGGCUUUGGAUACAGCUGAUUGGGGAUGAUUUAGGGACAGAAAAAUCCUCAUUAAGAUAAGCCUCCUCUUUCAAACACUGGAAGAAUUCAGUGAGAGUGUAAACGCAUGCAUGCAGGGUGGGUAGACGCUGCUUUCUGCCUUUUACGCGCGUCGUGAAGCGUAUCGGACUUCACUCCUCCUCUCUCUCAGAACCUCCCCGCACCAGGACGCAUCUCGCUCUCCCCCUCUCUUCUACAGAAGCUGUUUUAACUUUCCGAGGGCGACUACCUUUCAGUCGACUCUCAAGGUAAACGCUUUAUUGGGGAGGGGAGACCUUCGUAUUUAUAGAGGAGAGAGAUUACGAGCUGUGACGGCGGUGUGUGUGUGUGUGUGUGUUUGUGUGUGUUUUCUUUAUCUUUCGAGCGGAGACCUGCUCGCUAGAAAUGAUUGGCUAUUUCUUGAAAAUGAGAAAGUCGGAAAAAUGUCUUUUUCCCUGGGCGACAUCUUCAGCAGCUCAGCCAUAAUGCACAGGGGGAAACAAGCGAGUGAUUGCAUCUUUCAAACACUAUCUGGACUGUCAGGAACUAAAAGAUAUCAGAGUGCUGACUGCUGAAUGCCAUUUACACUUUCACUGACAUCAGCGCACACCAUUGAGAAGCAUAUCUGGUCGUAUUCAACCCAUCACUUUCCCAGCUGACCAGCUAACAUCACUGAGAAACUCCAGCCACACAGUUUUUGACCCCUGUUGUUAUGGAAAAUCUCAGUGAGCUCCAGAACCCCUUGUUGGACAAAAACAGUAAACACAUGAUCAACGGUUAUGGGGGCGACUUCCCCAAUAACCAGUACCAGGAGAACAUCAUUAACUACUUUGCUGGAGGAGGAGGAGGAGGAGGAGGUGGUGGAGGUGAGGGAGGAGGAGUAGGAAAGGUGAGCAAUGGCAACGUAGUGAGCGGAGGUAGCUGUAACACCAACGGGAAGGUAAAAUCCCAGCAGCUCUUGGACGCCACCUCGCUGCAUCUGGCGGUUGAGGCUUUCUACAGGCCAAACUUCAUCCUGUACAAGGAAGACAGCGGCAGCAUCAAGGCUAAGGAAUACAAAAGUGAAUGCUGCGAGACCACCUUCACAGAGAAGAAGGCAAAGGAGGCGUCCAACACAGCAGGGGCAGACACGCCUGGCACGGAGGAUCCCCAGGCGAAGCUGCUGGAAGACGGCGAGCACGUCAAGAUCCAAACUGUUUCCUAUGAAGUGGAAGAGGAGGAGUACGUGGAGUAUGAGACAGACUGCUCCAGCGACAGUGAGAGCGAGGACAACUUCAUUGUCGUCCCUCCUCGAGACCACCUGGGCCUGGCCAUCUUCUCCAUGCUAUGCUGUUUCUGGCCUCUGGGGAUUGCAGCAUUCUACUUCUCACAGGGGACCACCAAGGCAGUGAACAAAGGUGACUUCCCACUGGCCAACAUCGCCUCUCGACGAGCUCUGUUCCUCGCUGCCCUCUCCAUCACCAUAGGCACUGGCGUGUACGUGGGGGUGGUGGUAGCUCUCAUCGCCUACCUUUCGAAACCAGGACACAUAUAGCACUUCUGCACCUUCCCCUGAAUGCACCUCCAGGGAUCCCGGGAAGGAGAACAACUGCCUCUUGGGAACAGCUUUGCUCCUGCUGACUUUAAGAAAAGUUUUUUCGGGGAUGUACAGAUUUCGCCUCCACCUUCCUUUCCCUUACAACUUUCUCUCCCUACAGGCCCUCCGUCAGCCAAGAUUAGACACAGUGACUGGAGAGGGGUCAAGCUGGAGGGUGAGAAGACGGGGAAUUGGGGAUAGACAAAGGUUUUUUUGUUUGUUGCUUUUUUUUGUUGGUACAGAAAAUGGAUUUGAGUAACGGAUGCUAACAGGUUUGAGUCCAGCUUACAUCCCAUUGACUUGGCAGGGUUUUCAUCAUCCAAGACCCUGACAGAAGCAUUAAGGAGAAAAAGACUUAAACAAAAACUCUUCCAACGUUAGCAUUUGUUAAAAAGCAAAGGUUGAAAAAGGUUAGAAAUCAACACAAAAUCACUCUCAAACCAGCUCUAUGUUGUUGUUCUUUGCGCUCCAGUUGAAAUCGUAGCCUCUCUGUGGAGUCCCAUCUCCUCCUGUCACAGUGUGCCACACAGGACCAUCUUUAAUAGACCGUGAGCUUCCCCCAUCAACUCAAGACACUAAGACUGCAUUUGUCCCUGGGCUGACUGCCUCACAGCUUCUUAAAUCAACAAAGGACUGCUCUUACUUCCUGAGAAAACUUACAACAAAAAUAUUCAGAACUUCUGAAAGACAUUUUGAUCAAUGAGGAUCUACCAAAAACAAUCAGAUGUUAUUUGUUUCUCGUUGAACAAUGUGAACUGGCAUGAAUUUCAAGAGGCUCCAUAGAGCUUUGGGCCUGUAUUUUCCCUCUGAGAAGGUGUCCAUCCAUCAAAGACAUGCCCUGAAAUCUCACAGAACCUGCUCAUGCCUGAUAAGGUUUGUCUCUGUACAUGCAAAUGUGCUUUGUUUUUCAUGUUAGUCUGUUUGUGUUCUAUCCAGUCCAAAGCCACCUUGUUUUACCUCACAUUAAGGAAUGUUCAUUUAGAGCCUUUAAUGUAAAGCACAGAAGUGAGAUGGACAGAUGGUCAGAAAUCCAGGGGACGGUGUGUGCAUUUUCCCCCCUUGAAAAGUGCUGCAUCUAGUAAUCAGACAUUUAUAUAAAAGAGAAGGAGGUUCUAAAUCAGGAAGAUAAUAUUGUCAGAAAGAAGGCCUUAAGUGUCCCCCAGGGUGACACAUGUAAACAAAGUGUUAAGUCCAGCAUCUUCAGAUUGAGCUGCGAUCAAUUAUUUGCAUGACUUAAGCUAUGCUGGCAGUAAACUGCUACACAUGAUUGAUUGGAUUUAUAACUUGUUUUUGUCAGAUCAUAAAGAAGCUUCACUUGAAAUUGAUCAGGUGGUGAAGAUGCUUUAAUAAUACGCAAUACUUUAGAUCACAUUCCCCAAACGAGCUAAUUAAAAAAGACCCUUUAUAGUAAAAAGGCACUGAGUUUUUUCAAGUUUCCACCAUACUGUCAACAGUUCCGGCUAAGAACAGAAACAGCAGAGAAAGUCACGUUUUAAUCACAGAGAUUUUAUUUUUUUCAUCAUAAAUUAUAGUUUGUCAGAUGCUACUUCUAGCAGUGAAGCCUUGUGACAUUAUACACUUAGUUUUUCUGCACAGGCCCCACGUUAGUCAUACCUGACAUUUAUGGUGCGCAAUUAGCUCAGCGUAAUGGCUUUUUCAGAAGGAAUGUGUACUCUCUGGAGCAUUAGCCCCGAAAUAGCACAACCGCAUUCAUUUCACUAAUAAGCCACUUUUUGGCGUCGCCUGUUGCUGUCACACCCUGCAAGUAAACAAUCCAUUUCCACAUCCUCCGCUCUGUGAACAUUUUAAAAUAAACACACAAGUCAGAACUGUUGUGUUAAUGAAGAGUGGAUAUUGCUCAUGUUCUCCAAGAGUGGGACGUUUCCAGUGAGUAGUCUGCUUAAAUUAAAAAAAUGAUUUUAGGCUGCCUGGAUAAGUAAACAUCCUGUUGUACUUUGGUAAAAGGCAGCCAGAUAAUGAUGAGUUGAAUGUUGUUAUUGAUUUGUAGUCAUUGGUUUGAGUCUUAACAAUGUGUUCAGACCAAAUGCAAAGAAAAUACUCACUUGUCCUUGCCUGCACAAGUUUAAACAUGUAAAUAUUUAUGUGGGUGCAGAAUUAGAGGUAACGCAAAUAUGCACCACUUCAGACAUAAUGGUGAAAAUCUGUAAUUUCUUAAUUCAUUACAUUUCCUAGAGAAAUUUUCUCUGAUGGAAAACUACCAGCAUCACGUUACAGCUGAGGAACCCUUGUUCAUUGUAUUCUGUUAGGUCUAAGUUUCAAAGUAAAUAGGAAGCAACAUAGAGGCCGCACUCUGGCUUACUGCAGCAGUUUGAACUUGUUAAACUAGAUAUCAGUCAUAUUUGUAAAAACUUAAGAGUGCCAGUUUAUCUUUUAUUGGUUGGUCUCAGUUUUAUUCUAUAUAGCAAGCCAGAAGCUGCACAGUAUGAAAGUGAUUAAUCAGAUUUAGUUUUAAUUUCAUGUAUCAAAACAUUGCCAAAAUAACAUCAUAGUGAUGCAGAUUUGUAAAACGUUAAAUUAAAUCAUCAUGGUUCAUAUUUGUAAAGUGGAACAAAGUGCCAGUUCACCUUUAACUGGUGGGUCUCAGCUUCCAUGUAAAUAGUAAGCAACAUAGAGGCUUACUCAGCAGUAUGAGCUUGAUAAAUCAUAUAUAUUUUAUUAUUUUUCCUCAGUGAACAUUUCCAAAAUAACAUCAUAGCGAUGAUGCAGAUUUUUACAAAUAAAAGUAAUGCUUUGUCUGGUCCAUCGGCAAGAAAACAAGAACACAACUUCUAAACAUUUGCCUUCUUAAUGAAGGUCAGAUUGCUGCUCUCUGAUUCAUUUUCAGAGGUCAAACACUGAUUGGCGCUUGUGACACUGCAUAAAGUAAACAUGCCACCCAAGCUGAAAUUUUUGUACUCACCAAAACAGAUGUGAUUUUGCAUCUUCAGGGUGUGAAAAUCACAUCGCAUAGAUUUCUGUCCCUGUCCACAAGUAUGCAUUUUGCUAUUGAAAUACUAUGUAACUACACAGCAAAUUAAACACGAGUUUAGUUUCACGCACUUUUACAUUCAGUUCUCUGGGUUUCUGGUCAUCUAAAAGCUACUCUUACUCUCUAUGUUUGGCCUUAUGACCUCUGACCCUUCCUCACCAACUGUUCAAAUGCUAGCUCAUGAGCUACUAAACUCACGUCGGUGUUUGCACGCAUCAUGACCAUCACUGUAACUAUAUCGAAAGACUCUGUAUGUCUGUUUUCAUCACUCAAAGAGAGUUUUAUUGCUGAUAUUGAUGAACAUGCUUUGUGUUAUGUAGCCUGUCAAUCAAACAGUGUUUUUAUUCAGCUUCUUUGGUAACCUGGCAACUGUGCAAUGUGUAACAACAGUAUGUGGGUGUCAAUGCUGUUGUUAUUUUUUUCUCAUUUUGAUGAGCUGAUGUACCCGACAAACACAUCAACCCAACAAAGACGUUUGCUGGAUGCAUUCCUCAAUGCCUGGGUGAUAGCGCUCUCUGCGUGUCGUGCUCCAAAGCCGAAUUAAAGAAGAUUACAUUUUUUAUAUUUAUGUUUUGGGAUUUUUUUUUCCUAUCUUGUGUGAAGGCAACAUGUACAUAGUGCAAAUAAAGACAUGUUCAAAUGUAAUGACAAAUAAAUCAGAAAGGAAGGACUGCCUUUCUUAAAAACAA